AAAUCUGGGAUCAUUGAAAGUGAAAGUUGUUAGUUGACCUGACUGAACUAGACCACCUGAUCCUAGGUUGGCGACCGGAGAGACCCAGAUCAACAACGUCAACUAAGCCUUGGGGCCUGAUUGUUUCCACAAGUAUUUCUAGUCGUUGCAAGGAGGCAUUUGUGAUACAGAUUUGAAAAUGUGCGACCACACUGUCUUGCAUAGCGGUUACCAUCAUCCUGCUCUUAGAGCAUGGCAGUCACAAAGUGCUACGAUUUCCCCCGACAAUUUGAUGUACCCACUUUUCAUUGUAGAUGACCCCGAUGCCGUCCAGCCCAUCACCAGCAUGCCGGGUCAGAGUCGUUUUGGCGUCAACAAACUGGUGGAGGCUCUCGAACCGCUGGUCAACAAGGGGCUUAAGUCUGUGCUGCUCUUUGGAGUUCCAGAAAAACUCGAGAAAGACGAGAGAGGCUCCGGCGCCGACGCAGCAGACACCCCAGUCAUUGUGGCAGUGCAGAAACUACGCCAGGCUUUUCCAGAUCUCCUUGUGGCGUGUGACGUUUGCCUCUGUCCCUACGCCUCUCACGGCCACUGUGGUUACUUGCGUCCUGAUGGGACCAUUGACAAUGAACCGAGCAUUGAGAGAUUGGGACAGAUUGCUGUUGCUUACGCUAAGGCUGGGUGUCAGGUGAUAGCGCCAUCAGACAUGAUGGACGGCCGUAUCGGAGCCAUCAAAAAGGCACUGUUCCUGAGUGGGUUCAGCAACAGAGUCUCUGUGAUGAGCUACAGUGCUAAGUUUGCCUCCAGCUUCUAUGGACCGUUCAGAGAUGCAGCCAAGAGUGCGCCAACUUUCGGAGACAGGAAGUGCUAUCAGCUGCCGCCGGGCGCCAUUGGUCUAGCAGAGAGGGCUGCGGAUCGGGAUGUUGCUGAGGGUGCUGACUUCCUGAUGGUCAAGCCGGGCAUGCCUUACCUGGACGUUUGUCGACUCAUUAAACAGAAGUACCCAACCCACCCCCUGGCCAUCUACCACGUGUCGGGCGAGUACGCCAUGCUGUACCACGCAGCCCAGGCCGGGGCGUUCCCCCUCAAGGCCGCGGUGAUGGAGGCGCUUCAGAGCAUGCGGAGAUCAGGAGUAGAUAUUCUCAUCACAUACUACACUCCUCAAGUGCUGGACUGGAUCAGGGAAUGAGCUGAGA